UCCUCAUGCCGAGCAUCAGAUUGGAAUGCGCUCUCGUUUCACACUCAUGUAGAGACCUUAUCUGGAAAAGAAGAAAUGUGCAGGAACCCAUGGCACCCGUGCGCCCAGUUUGCCAUCUAGAUUUGGCACUAGAAACAUAAUCAUACCCCGCCACUUGAAUUGUUUGUAAGGAACAGGUGAGGGUGCCCAAAUCAUCCACACACCUCUUUAUUCCACAAAAAAACUAUGGUCAUGGCCGCCCAAGAGCAAACGCCGUCGCAGCGGGCUCCGGUUCGAGUCGGAUUCUAUGAUAUUGAGCGCACGCUGGGAAAAGGCAAUUUUGCAGUUGUGAAGCUGGCGAGACAUCGUAUCACAAAAUCAGAGGUGGCCAUUAAGAUCAUAGACAAGACCCAGCUGGAUGCUGUGAACCUGGAGAAGAUCUACAGAGAGGUAGAAAUCAUGAAGUUGCUGGACCAUCCGCACAUCAUCAAGCUUUACCAGGUAAUGGAGACCAAAAACAUGCUAUAUCUAGUCACCGAAUAUGCCAGGAAUGGCGAGAUAUUUGACUACCUGGCCAGCCGCGGGCGGCUCAGCGAGAUGGACGCGAGGAGGAAGUUUUGGCAGAUCCUCUCAGCGGUGGAGUUCUGCCACCAGCGCAACAUUGUUCACAGGGACCUGAAGGCUGAGAACUUGUUACUGGAUGCUCACAUGAAUAUCAAAAUAGCAGAUUUUGGCUUUGGUAAUUUCUUCCGUCCUGGGGAGCCUCUGACCACCUGGUGUGGCAGCCCUCCGUAUGCAGCUCCAGAAGUGUUCGAGGGGCAGCAGUAUGAGGGUCCUCAACUGGACAUCUGGAGCAUGGGGGUGGUUUUGUACGUGUUAGUCUGUGGCGCUCUUCCAUUCGAUGGCCCCAGUCUUCCGGUCCUUAGACAGAGGGUCCUGGAGGGCCGUUUCCGUAUCCCCUACUUCAUGAGCGAAGACUGUGAGCACCUGAUCAGGAAGAUGUUAGUUCUAGAUCCAUCCAGGCGCUUGACCCUAAAUCAGAUCAAAGAGCACCGCUGGAUGGUGCAGGAGGUCCCGUCCCAGCGCCCCGUGCUUUACAGACAGGGCCUGCCCAGCGACAGUAAAACAGGAUUGGGUGAGCACAGCGAGCAGGUGCUCAGACUGAUGCACAGCCUCGGCAUUGACCAGCAGAAAACCAUAGAGUCUCUCCAGAACAAAAGCUAUAACCACUUUGCUGCUAUCUACUACCUGCUUGUGGAGCGCUUGAAAGCGCAUCGCAGCAGUUUCCCUGUGGAACAGCGUUUGCACGCCAGCCAGCGCCGCCCUAGCACCGUCGCUGAGCAGACUGUUGUCAAGACCAAUGCAGUUCCAUCCCAAGUAGGCACCCUUCCACAGGCGGCACGUCACCUGCGUUCUCCUGUUCUCCUGCAGUCCACCACAGAUACAUUUACCUUCCCACAAACCCCUGCUUCACCAGACCAAACGCUGAUAGAGGAAGAUGUGGCCACUCCCAAGGUGAAUGGCUACCUACUGGACCCGCUCCCUCCAGUCGUCGCCCGCAAAGUCAGCGGCUCUCUGCCCGGCAACGUUAUGGAGACGUCCAUCGACGAGGGUAUUGAGGCUGAGGAGGAGCAUGCUGUCCCUCUCGCUGCCUUUCAUACUGCUCGCUUUAGUCAGCGACGACAUACUCUGUCUGAGGUCACCAAUCAACCGCCAGUGUUGCCCAUUACAGAACAAAGGAAUGAUUCUUACUAUGGUACUGGCAAUACUGUGUGGUUGCAGACAGAAAAAAGACAUUUAGACAGAUUUGGACUUGAGGAUCUGAACCCAUCUCUGGGCAGUAUGGACUCGGAAUACAGCAUGGGUUCUACUAAAAGUGACUUCAGUCUGCCUGAAGAGAAUCCAGUUCUGAAAGAUAUAUUAAGCACUACACCUGCCAGCUCCACUGCACCGGUCUUCCAUAACAUGAAGCCUCCUGACCCAAUGCUACAGACCAUCAACCCAGAAGGACGGGAUGAUCACAACCAUGUCAUGUUCAGAGAGGGGCGACGGGCGUCUGAUACGUCUCUUACACAAGGUUUAGGUACAUUCAGGCAGCAUUUACAGAACCUGGCCAGGACCAAAGGCUUCCUGGAGCUGAACAAAGCACAGUUAUUGUUAGGGGAUGCUGGAGGAAAUGCAAACCUCGCCAUCAACACGCAGGAGCUCUCAGACCCUCAUCAUCCAUAUGGUCACCAGGGAGAUGUCCGCCAGUAUCCAACUGGAAAAGAUACUAUGGUUUUUACUGGUAAGAUGCACCCCUAUCUGCUGUCUAGAAGACAGAGUUUGGAGACACAGUACCUCGCUCAGAGACAACAGAGGGCCAUUCAGUUGGCGAGUGGUCUUGGAAGUGGCCAGGUGUUUUGUAUUGAGGCUGCACCACGCACUUUGGAGCAACAGCUACAGGAGCACAGACUGCAGCAGAAACGGCUCUAUCUCCAGAAGCAGUCUCAGGUACAGGCUUAUUUCCAUCAGAUGCAGCUGGCAGAAGACCCCCAGCAGGGCAGCAGUCUCCUUUCUAGCCCUCCUUUCACAAGAACCCAAACCCUAACCCCUUUUCUGGAGCCCAGCACUUCAUCCAACCCAUACAGCCCAAAGUCAACCAUAUAUCCAGAAUGGCCUUCGACACCUCCACCUAUAUCUUCAGACAGCCACACAAACUACACACCAUCCCUCCCCACGGAGCCUCUCUACGCAUGGAUUCCUGCCCAGUCUGGCGUCCCUUCAGGUAAAGCAGAGUCUCCUUCCGCCCAGCCCACACCUGAGACGCCCUUCCUGAACUGCGAGAUGGAGACCACGGAGGCCCCGCAAGGAUGUGUACUUGUCAACUAAAGGUUUACGGGUGAAAUAAGCCACACUGAGGCUGGAUCUCAGGCAUGACUCGUUUUAAAGAUGUUUCGAGGGAAGAAACCCUCAGGGUCAAACAGGAUGGGUUGAUUUGUGUCCAGUUACAUAUAAACCCACAGACCUUUCCAUCUCGUGCACUUGGUCCUGUUGUAGACCAUCACAGACCUUUUUCCAGAGUAUUUGAGAUGUGGUAGUGUCUUGAAAAUGUGUUUGGUAAGCACAAAUAAUAGUGCAGCUACCUUAGAGUUUCGAUCAGUAUUAAAGCAAUAUUCCUUUUUCCCCAUAACACUUUCAAGCUCAACUUGGUGUUUUUAUAAGUAGUUUUAUUCGUAUUAUCAAUAAAUUAUCAGUAGCUACUCAAGUUUUACUGUUAGUAUUGUGUACUUUUAAAUAAUAUCUAAUUAAUAUGGGAAAAUAAUGUAUGUAUAUAUUAGGAUUUAAAAAAUUAUUAGAAAUAUUGUUAACCUCCAUAUUUAAGAACAUUCGCUCCCGGUUUUACUUCCGUAAUGUGACACAAUUCUAAACCAGGACCAUGUGUUAAUUUUAAAAUAACAAGACUUUGGACACUUUAAUAAAUAGGAAAAAACAAGGUAACAGUACAUGGUAAACAUUCAGACUUAAGUUAUAUAAACUGAAUCGGUUUGAACCAAAUAGUAUUGGCUAUCAUGGUCAUAACUGAGCAGUAUUAACUUCUCAAAGUCUGCACUGAAAUACAGACUGGUUUAACAAGGUUUUCUUAGAAAAGUUAAGUGUUGUGCCUUUCGAUUCUUGUUCCUUUUGAAGGAUGAUUGAUUUUAAAUUCAUUCCUGAAAAGUACCUUCCAGUUGGAAAUGCAGUAUGUAACACCAUCUUUGACAGACAUCUUGAACCAAAGUCUAUGUUUAGGUUCUGUUUUGAAGUCCACCGUGUGGAUUUUGUUUAGAACCAUGAUACAGUUGCCAUGUUCCAACAGUAUAUGUCAUUCACAGUAUAGCAAUAUCUAGAGUAAUAGUUCUGAUGUUCAACAUAUGGGUGUUGAUAGUAAACGUGUCGUCAUCUUAUGCCUUUGAAGAUAACAGAUCCUAUUGUAACAAAUCAAAACUUGUAGUCAGGUCUUUCUUGACUAUUGUUGAUAUUACUUUGAAAAUUGAACAGUAAACUGUUUUGUUAUG